CUCCCUAGGAAAAAAAAAAGAGAAGCCCACAAGACCCACAAAGAUAACUGUGAGGCCUAGCUGAGUUAAAGAAUAACCACACCGGGGUGCCCACCUGGAUAAGAAAGUUUCAGUUCCUGGAUUCCGCAAAUACCACCGGCCCCUCUUAUUUCUCAAUAACUGCCAAAGGUCAUAGUGGAAAAUCCCCAGCUCUUCCUCCCCAAAGUCUCUGGCCCACCUUAAACAAUAUAAAAGCCCUCACCCCUUUCAAAUGGGCAACUUCUCUGGCCCCAUUUCUUUGGGACCUGUGAACCUCUCCCAGGAGCACUCAACAAAGCCAUGUUGCUUCCCAUUUUUCUCUGUUUCUCACCUUCUUUCUCUCGCCACCAACUUUACAUUUGGUGCUGAAACCCGGGAGGGGAGUCUUGGCAGCGCCGGCCUGCCUCAGGGCCUUGGUCGCGCCGUCCCCUCUCGUGUCUUCCUGACCUCGGACCGGGACCUCCACCGGAUGCCAGUUGGCUAAUUGACCUGGACGGCUCUCCCGGGCUCACGCAGACAGAUAUCUGCCUCAGGCGCCUGAGACCGGCUCCGAUACCCCUCACGCAAGUGUCCAGCCUGGUGACUCGGUGCUCCUUAAAACUCCUCACCCAAAGCCCCUUGAGCCUCGGUGGACAGACAGGGCCCCAUACAGUCGUGCUAACAACAACCUCGGCUGUAAACUUCUAAAUGACCCUGCAGGUUCCUGGCAUCACAUCUCGCGCAUCAAGAGGUCCCCACCUCAAGAUGCUUUCCCGUCCUACUCCUGCCACCAGGUGGGUCCUAUUAAACUCCGUCUUACAUGGGCUUCUUUAUCUCCUGACCCUUCCAACAGCUGCUCCCGAUUCAAUUUAUGUCUGGAGAUUUAAGGUCCGCGAGUCCCUGCCCUCGGGAGACACCCGUCUGGCCGGCUCUGCCGACUGCUCUCCAAAGGGCUGUCAAGCGUCACUUACCAUUCCCCUAUCUCUGACAUCAGUCACUGGCGCCCAAACGGCAGCUCUAUGCUUUUUAUAUGACCAAACUUUUGACUAUUGUCGGCAGCAGCCUGAGAUAUAUGGAGGAUGCCGUAAAAGGCUAUGCAAAUUCCAUGAGGUUCAAAAAGGAAAGGGAUGGCGGGGUGACAAUGAAAAGACGUUUGGUUGGAGGCCUAACGCUUUCUAUUUAGAUAAAGGCAAAUUUCAAUUAGAUAUCCCUGACCCUUGGGACCAGCGCUGGGAAGUUGGGGUCACAGGCAAAUUAUACUGGACUAAGUUAAGCUCUUACCCUUCAGCAACUAUUCAUAUCAGUCGUGAGUAUGUCCUGGCCCACGAGAGGCAGAUUCAAAUAUCUACCAAUAUUCUUCAGGCAGAACAAACUCUAGCUGGACGGCUUCCUCCCCGCCCUCAACCCUCUCCUCUUUCCUCCUGGCUAGAUAUUAUUCAACAUACCCUCGCCUUCCUAAAGUCCUCCGAAAUGAUCCCUAAUAUUUCCCACUGUUUCCUUUGCGCCUCCCUCCAACAACCCCUGCUGGCUGCUGUCCCUCUAAACUAUUCUAACCCUCCAACAACUCCCUCAUCGCCUCCCUCAUGCUCCACUCCGCUCACCCGCAUUCCCCUCUGGGAGCCUGAGCCUACAGGCCAACCCUAUGCAGAUCGCGUGUGCUUUCUCACCUCCCGCACGGACCCCAACCUACAACUCCAUGGACGCUGCCUUACCAACCAUACCGUGACCACAACCACGUCCUCUGCUCCGGGACAGUUCUUCUGGUGCAACGGGACGCUCACCCGCUGCGUCAAUACAUCCACCCCGGGUCCCUGUUUCCCUGUCAUGGUGGUCCCUCAAUUAACUCUAUAUGGUGAGUCUGAAUUCGGAUGGCUUCUCCCAGGGCCCCGGCCGAGGCGAGCCAUCUUUUUGCCAGUCAUGGUAGGUCUCACCUUGGCCUCCUCCCUCGCUUCAGGGUUCGAGGGAGGCACCCUGGGCUACGGUGUCAUUUCUGCCCAAGAUUUUGCAGAUCACCUACAAAUUGCGUUAGAAACCACAUCUGCCUCGCUGGCCUCACUACAAAGACAACUAACGUCACUGGCUCAGGUUACUCUCCAAAAUCGAAGAGCGUUAGAUCUGCUGACGGCCGAAAAAGAAGGGACCUGCCUCUUCCUUCGUGAAGAAUGCUGCUACUAUGUCAACGAAUCUGGCCUUGUAGAACAGAACAUAGACAAACUCACCAACCUGAGUGAAGACCUACACAACCGCCACCGCCAGGAUAUAUCCCCCUUGAGCUGGAUACAGUCCCCUUUGGCUACCUGGCUAUUGCCACUAAUAGGACCCAUUGUCAUCAUCUGCCUAAUCUUUCUCUUUGUUCCCUGUCUUUUACAGUUCCUCCAGCGCCGCCUACGAGAGCUGUCUCGAAUGGCAGUAAACCAAACACUUUAUUCGUACUUCCCUCUACCAGUCAUCCCUGCACCAGCCGCUGUGUAACCCCUAACUACGCCCCCUCUCAGCAGGAAGUAGUCAGAAAGAGCGGCGACCAUCAUAACCAAAAGGCCAGAAUGUAAGGCUGGUGGCAGGCACCCCUUCCCCUCCCUAGGAAAAAAAAGAGAGAGAGAGAAGCCUACAAGACCCACAAAGAUAACUGUUAGGCCCAACUGAGUUAAAGAAUAACCACACCUGGAUGCCAACCUGGAUUCUGCAAAUACCACCAGCCCCUCCUAUUUCUCAAUAACUGCCAAAGGUCACAGUGGAAAAUCCCCAGCUCUUCUUCCCAAAAGACCCCAGCCCACCUCAAACAAUAUAUAAGCCCUCACCCCUUUCAAACGGGCAACUUCUCUGGCCCCAUUCCUUUGGGACUCAUGAACCUCGCUCGGGAGUGCUCAAUAAAGUCAUGUUGCUUCCCAUAUUUCUCUGUCUCUCACCUUCUUUCUGCCACCACCA